AUGGAGAAAAAGAUAGUGCGCAAAGGGCCGCUGCCUGGAGGUCGCCAGGGCGCGUCUGGAGCUGGCGCUGGACGCGACAGCAUGCGGACCGCCAGCCGAGCGCGGGGUGUUGCAAGACCACCUAGCAGCCCCCCGCAUCCAUCAUCCCCACCAGAAGGCUUGGUGUCGGCUGGGUCUUCUCGGACUCAGCAAGCGGCACCCGCCGCUGGUGGAGCACGUCGCAUGCGUUGGUCUAAAUCAAUGAAUGAAAACGCACUGCGGGCGUAUUUUAGGGCAAAAGGGGAAGAAACUGGAUGUUUGGCGUAUCGGGCUCGGAUGCAUCGCUUUUUUGCAGAGCUGGAGCCAUCUCUAUCCGUCACUGAGCAAAACCUGGCAGACCGAGUUAGGUACAUCCUGCGCUCCAACAUAUUUGGUGACACCGAACUCGAGCGACUACGACGUGAGGCUAUUCCUUCAUCGAAUGGAAAUGUUACGGCUGGGAAUGCGGCGCCACUAGAUGCGCAACAAACUGCAUAUGUGGAUGCUGCCGUCAACAUUCCAUUUGUGGCUAAUUCAGACGAUGAUGGAAUAGUCUCCCACGAACUAGAGAAAAUGAGGAGCAUAUUGGAAGAGUCGAUGCUGGAAACGCGCAGCAUGCCUCUCGAAAAUCGACCGCGACUUCCCCGCAUACCCCUUAGCAAGCGAAAUCGGGCUGUCGUGCGGGCUCUUAACCCAAUGCUGGUGACCUAUUUGGAAGCCAGCCGGGACCUUUGCGAGACGGAUUCAAUUCUUUUUGGCGCCGCACUGGCAGUACGCCGUAUUAUUGGCGCCAAACUUCCCGUGGCUGGACGUGCUACUCAAAAAAGUAGCGCCAUCCCAGCCUGGAGAAAAAGAAUUGAGGACCGUAUCGCAAAGGCAAGGGCCCUUAUCGGCAGACUGACAAGCUUCAGGUCAGGUAACAAUAGACCGAGGAUUAUGCGCACCGUUAGGAUGGCGUUUGCUGGGACAAAUAUCAGUUUGUUCCAGCCGGAUAUCACGCAAAAACUAACGGAGCGCAUAGAUGACCUGAAGCAAAAAAUCGCUGCUUGGGGGAAGCGGAUUCGACGAUUUAGCGAGAGGUCAAGGCGGUUCAACCAGAAUCGUCUCUUCCAGAGUGAUCAGAAGAGGCUCUAUAAAUCAUUGGAGCAACCAGAGGUAUGUGGAGCGGGCACAGGACCGGAUCAGGCUGACACUGUCGCAUUUUGGCGUGGCCUGUGGUCAGAGCCCGUAAACCACAGCGAGGGCCCUUGGAUGGGAGUUGUGGCGAGCCAGAGUGCAAGUGUUACGCCUAUGGACUCCGUCACCAUAACGCCUGAAGACGUGGCUGAGGCGGUCCGUAGGGCCCCGAACUGGAAAAGUCCGGGGCUCGACGGGCUGCAUCAUUACUGGCUGAAGGGGUUCGUAGUGUGUCACGCUCUGCUCGCCCGACAGUUUCAAGAGGCUCUCGAUCAGAAGUCGCUCCCGAGCCUCUUCACUACUGGGAUCACUCACUUGGUUCCUAAAGAUCAGGAUACCACAGACCCGAGCAAAUAUCGCCCCAUCACGUGUCUACCCACCAUAUAUAAGACACUGACAUCCAUUUUGAGCGCGAGAAUCACUCGUCACCUGGAGCUAAAUCAGGUGAUGUAA